AUGAUGGAGCUCCUACCAGCGACAUUGGCGGCUGAUUCGCAGGUCUCGACCAUGGCAUCAGCCGGAUACAUCCAGAUCACCCUCAUCUGGGUUGUCUAUGCCAUCGCCAUCGCCCUCCUGCUGUCUAUCGCAUCGCUCUUCGUCUAUCUGUAUCAGGCGCACCGUGAGCGCUCUGCAUUUGUCACUAUCGUGUGCAUUUUCACAAUCACCGCUCUCCUGGCCACAGUACUACUACUUCCAGUCGACGUUGCCCUGGUCUCCAGUACGACGAGUUCAAAAACGGGAAGACGCAAGGAUUGGGCGAAUCAAGACAAGGUCGAUAAUAUAACAUUCACUCUCCGAGUGGUAUAUUACUUGCUGUAUUCCCUGGACGCGGUACUAUGCCUACUGGUCAUACCAUUUACCUAUUUCUGGUAUGAAGAGUACGACGAAGUCGCGCAGGAGGAAGGAUCACAAACAUUUGGGUCGAGAUUCUGGGCGGCGUUCAAAUACACCGUGGUGUUCAUCUUCCUCUGCAUCGCGAUCUUCCUGGUGGGUUUCUUCGUACCAGUUGCCCGUCAUCGAGAUGGAGCCCACUUCGACCUGGAUUUCUUCCGAAAACUACUUGCGGAAAAUCACGGCGAACGUGCUCUGACCUUUGCGUUGGGCCUUCUGAUCACCAUUGGCAUUGGUAUAUACUGCUUCUAUACUGCGGCUGGCCUGGCUCUUCUUCCUCUUACCUUGAUCAAGUCCGCUCCCGGUAUUUCUGCGCCAGCUUUGAGCGAAUCGACGACGGCCCAACUGGAAAGCAACCUGGAAAGACAACGGCAACUUGAAGGUCGAGCUCAAGGGAACCCAGACGGGCUCUCCUCCAAAGACCAACGGGAGUUGGACGCGCUGGUUCGAGAAGAGCGCACAUUGCGGCGCCACCAACGUCUCGCUGCCGAGGCCUCUGGUGAGAAUCAGAGCAUUUGGUGGAAGAUAUGGGUUAAACUUGAGGCUUUGUUCCGGCCGAUCAAACUUAUUCUGGGACUGUUGCUGGUCGUCGUUGUCCUUUUGAUCUUCGUUAGCAUGCUUAUUACCGGCAUUGACAAAGCUAAGAACUCGGUCUGCAAACGACACUGCGGCUAUCUGUUGGCUCAUAACCACAUUUUCCAGCCAAUCAACUGGAUUCUGGUCAAGUCGGCGCAGGUGUUUCCAAUCGACUACGUUAUCUUCCUGCUCUUGGUGAUGCUGUUCUUCAGCGCCAGCAUCAUUGGUAUUGCCACGAUCGGCAUUCGUAUCCUGUGGAUUACCAUUUUCAGGAUUCGGAAAGCACACACCUCUCCACAAGCCCUGCUCAUUGCCACCGUCAUGCUUACUUUGAUGACAUUGGCCAUCAACUACUCAAUUGCUAUGAUGGUUGCUCCCCAGUACGCCACAUUCGGGCCCCAAACUUUCUGUGACCACCCUCCGAAACAUCCUGGUGAACAACCAGACUGCUCCGAGCAUAAACAGCAUAUCAUUCCCUGCAGAGAAGCCACUGACAAUCCGGCCGCUCGAAAUGUUUGCACUCCCUCCGUGGUGUCGACUUUCCUCAAUCGAGUGACUGUCAAUUUCCCCUUUUUCGGUGUGGUCGAUUUCUGGGCUCAAUUUGUUUUCCUGGGCGUUUUCCUGUUGGGAUUCGUCCUGUUGUUGUUCCGCACGCCCAAACUGGCAGACCCGUACUCGGAGGAGGAUGCGCUCGAGGAGGAAGAAGAAGGUCUCCUUGCCAGCACCGGCCGAAGAUUUGGGGCGACCUGGCAAGACAUCACUGGCAGAGUGUCCCACAAUCGACAGCAAGGUGAAGGAUCGAGGAACACGGCCGGUAACGAACGUGAUUAA